CCUUCCCGUGGUUGAGAUCUUCCGAGCCAGUUCACCUGCUUGCCAAGAGAGAACUUGACUGCGGUUUACCUCACAAGACUCCAAGACCUGUCUUUCUCCCCUCGGUCCCCAGCUUUCUCAGCGAAACGGAGACACCCCCCGCCUCCGCAAAAGCGAGCACACAGAACGACAUCUGGCUGCUUUCGCGCGUUUUCUUUUUUCUGUCGCGCUUUGCAUCAAUUUUCUCUGACUCUUCUCCAUCUCGUUCUCUGUCGCUCUUCCUCCCUCUGUCUCUCGGCCUCUCCGGUUUUUGUCACGUUCUCCCUCACUGUCGGUCUUCUCCUGUCUCCCUUUGUUCCAGUCUCUCCCCGAAAUCGUUUUUUUUCGCUUUUUCCCGUCUUUCUCCUCUUCCUUUUCCCCCGUCUGUCUCUGUCCCUUUCGAUGUUUUUCUGAGGUCUCCCCAUGGAGGGUUGUGGGCCUCAGCCCCGAGUUGGGCCUUGCUCUCUGCGCCGAGUGUCUGCGUCUCCUCCCUUUCGUGGCGACUUUUUCUCUUUCCUCAGUCUUUUCUUCUCCUUCAUGUGUCUCCUCGCGCACCCAUCUCGCCUCCCGAAUGCUCUGCAUCUCGCCGAAGCUCCCCUCUUCUUCUCCACCUCCAGGCUGUCUCUUCUUCCGCUUUCUCCCGUCGCCUGUUCGCCUCUGCAUGCAAAGGCCUGUCGAGCACAGGCACCAACAGGCGCGGUUUGGAGACGAGGAGCCGACACCUGGGAGACGGGGAGAGACGCCGGGAGAGAACGAAGAGGACGAAGCCGAGAAACUGUGGAGACCGAGAACAGAAGCAGCGGGAGCCUCUGCUGCCGUCCGCAAGGAAAGUCCGUAGCCUUCCUCGUCCAGACAUCAUUCCCUGCCUUCCACGCGCAAAACGAAAACUCGAGCUCUCUCAGUGUUUCGUCUUCUUCUCUUCCUUCUUCUCCUCUUUCUUCUUCUCCUCUUUCUUCUUCUCCUCUUUCUUCUUCUCCUCUUUCUUCUUUGUUUCCUCGUCGCGGACCACCGGUCCUUCCUUCUCGAUGUCGAGCGUUGUCGGGAGAUCUUCGGGGGGGCAGUGUCUCUCGUGUGUUUGCUUCGUCUCCGCCGGCUCCGCUUUCUUCCGCAGGGCCGGUCGCGCCUGUGGCAGACAACCCAUUCGAGGUGUACAGACACCCGAUGUCGUCGCCCUCUGCCUCUUCGGAGGUGGGCCUGAACUCGACGAUGGUGGAGCAAGUGCUAGAGAGUGUACGGCCUUACCUCAGAGGCCAUGGAGGAAAUGUGAAGCUCGUCGAACUCGAUUCAGAAAAAAAAACUGUUCGUCUCGCGUUCAAGGGCGCAUGUUCAACAUGUCCCUCAGCUCAUCAAACACUGUAUGAAGGCCUGCAGGGAGCUUUGAGAGAAGUGUGGCCUGACCUGAGUGUGGAGGAGGCGAAAGACGAUGGCGUUUGGGAAGAGGAACUGCAACCUCUGACGAUCGAAAGCGUCCUUGAAGCGCUGAAGGGCACACGGCCUGCCAUUGAGAGACUCGGGGCGACUCUCGAAGUCCUCAGUGUCUCUCCAAACGGGGAUAUCGUGCUUCGGUAUCGAGGACCUAAUGCACAGACGAUUCGGAUCGGCGUCGAGAUGGAAUUGCGAGACAAGCUGCCGCCGGACCUUCUAGGGUCGAUUGACAUUGUGACUGAAGACAAGCCGCCGGAAGUUCCGUCGUCGGGAAAAGCGAGUGAGGAAUCUCGCGCAGCUGUCGCCGAGCAAGACGCGACGGACAACGCUCAAAACCAGCUGGAGGCACAGCGUGGCGAUCAGAAGAGAGAGGAAAGCGGACAGAACGUCGCGGCAGGACUGACAGAUGACGAAGAAGAAUAUGAAGGAUUGGAACCUGAGCCUGCGUAGGCGUGAUGGGGAAACGCGUCCGUUGCUGAGAACAGGUCAAAGUGUAAAGAGAAACUUCGUUGCGUCCGUGAUAGAGCCACAAUGCUGGCGUGCAUGCUGCAGCGGGCAGGCAACUCAAGACAUGAUGCAAAAGCAAGCGAACUGUUCAAGCGUGUUUGACAGUGCCGGCAGGAAAAGUGCAUCUUGCUAUGACGGUACCGGGGACUUCCGCCUACGGCCGUCGAAGGCGUCUCUCUAUCCUUCGGAUAAAACAAACAAAUAAUACCGGGAGCAGAAGAGGUCCAUGCCGACACUGCCAAUUUGCAUUAAAACAGUCUCUCCGAAUUUGUUUCCUUUUCACUGUACCCCCUGGGCAAGACGAAUCAGAGGAAGAUGUGUUCUGAGCCGAGG